AUGGCGGCCUACACCCUCCUCCGCCCGCGACGCGGUCUGUCGCUGCUAUGCAUAAUUGCGACACUCAGCUUCGGCGUGAUCUUCAUGCUUUGGUAUGGCAUGAACUCCGACCGAGACUAUAUCCACCCGAUUCUUACGCAACUGAUCCCCGCUGGCCACUGCGCCUGUCAAACCUCCACCACCUUCCAAUGCUCGACCUGCCUCUCCUGUCCCGAAACAGGUCUCCAGCACGACGAUACCGCCCCCGGGUGGACAUUCGAAUACGCUCGCGACGGUCGCAAUGAAGCCCUCGACCAGCAGCAGUGUAAGGCUGCUUUCCCCGGGUUGUUCGAAGAUAUUGCGCGCGGUGGCAAAUUUUGGUCGCAGCAUGGUGGCUUGUCCACUGCGGAACUCGAUACCAUUCCUGUUCAACUGGGGAUGGCGCGUGCGUUUAUCUCCAAUGGCGAAUUAUACGUGGUGGCCGCGCGGUCGAAGGGCGAGGAUCACCGACGGAAGAUUUUGGGGACGUUGAGUUCGAUUCAUCGCGCGCUGGCCGCCGACCCGGAACGAGCUUCUCGACGCGACAUUGAAUUUGUUUUUUCUGUUGAGGAUAAGGUGGAGGAUGUGACCAAUCCCGAUUGGCCUGUUUGGGUGUUUUCGCGCACGCCUAAUGAAGAAGGUGUCUGGCUAAUGCCCGACUUCAGUUUCUGGGCUUGGGAUAACCCGAACAACUAUAUUGGUCCCUACGACCAAGUCGUGGACCGAAUUAGACGGUUGGAUAUUCCGUGGGCAGAGAAGAAGCCCCAGUUGGUCUGGCGGGGCAAGCCAAGUUUCGCGCCGAAAUUGCGACGCGCGUUGAUUGAGGCCGCUAGAGGCAAACCGUGGGGCGAUGUCAAGCAGGUCGAUUGGUCCACCGGUGAGAAUGUGCUCAAGAUGGAGGAUCACUGCCACUAUAUGUUCAUUGCGCACGUUGAAGGUCGCUCCUAUUCGGCUUCGUUGAAGUACCGACAGGCUUGUAACUCGGUCAUUGUCGCACACAAGCUUCAGUUCAUUCAGCAUCACCAUUACCUCCUGGUGGCGGAUGGACCCAACCAAAACUAUGUCGAGGUUGAGCGUGAUUUCAGCGAUUUGGCGGAUAAGAUCGAGCCUCUGGUCAACGAUACCGAGCGCGCUCGACUCAUCGCUAAUAACAGUGUCACCACUUUCCGCGAGCGGUACCUCACCUCGGCCGCUAAAGCGUGUUACUGGCGGUCCCUGCUAGACGGGUAUGCUGGCGUGUGGAACAGCACCGUCGAACAGUGGUCUGAAAGCACGCAACGUGAACGAGGACUGCGAUACGAGUCUUUUGUGCUUUUGGAGACCCCAAAGAUGUUCCAAUUCGAUGCUGCUGCCACCCAGGCCUGGCAAGGCUGA